AUGAAGCUCUUCACUCUCGCCCUCACCCUCCUCCCCCUCUUCGCCGGCAUCGCCAACGCAGCCGCGAUGACCCCGGUCAGCAACCUCAUCGCCAAGGACCAGGACUCCGCCUCCAGAGAGAUGUGCGGCCAGUUCUGCGUCGGGCCCCACAGCUGCCACGGCAAGUGCAACAGAACCAGCCUCACCAUAUCGAAGACCUGCCUCCUGCCUGCAUCGAGUAUUGGGGUUCUUAUUCGAUACUUGGGAAUCUGUCACAGAGCAGUGAGAUGACUUUCCGAUACAGCGCACAGUACAUGGGUAACACGGGAGAGCAUGGAAUGAUUGCGGAUUACAUGGUGGGACUAGCUUGGGUUUGGUACUGGAUGGAUGGAUGGAUGGAUUGCUUUCUGUGCUUUUUGAGAAACGAUGUGGAAGGACUUGUUUGGCCUGGGCUAGGG